GCUCCUGUGAUCCGCAGCCCCAGGGAGCCCGGACGCCCCAUGCAGCUGCUCUCGAUCGUGCUGCUGCUCUGCGGCGCCUUGCUGCUCCUUAGCCCGGCUGUGCGAGGCUGCGGGCCGGGCAGGGUGGUGGGCAGGAGGAGAAGACCUGCCAAGCUCACCCCGCUCUCCUACAAGCAGUUCAGUCCCAAUGUGCCCGAGAAGACCCUGGGGGCCAGCGGGAGGUACGAGGGCAAGAUCGCCCGCAACUCGGAGCGCUUCAAGGAGCUCACUCCAAACUACAACUCGGACAUUAUCUUCAAGGACGAGGAGAACACCGGGGCAGACAGGCUCAUGACACAGCGCUGCAAGGAUCGCCUGAACUCCUUGGCCAUCUCUGUCAUGAACCAGUGGCCGGGCACCAAGCUGCGGGUGACGGAGGGCUGGGAUGAGGACGGCCAUCACUCCGACGAAUCCUUACAUUAUGAAGGGCGAGCGGUGGACAUCACCACCUCCGACAGGGACCGCAACAAGUACGGCAUGCUGGCCCGGCUGGCGGUGGAAGCCGGCUUCGACUGGGUCUACUACGAGUCCAAGGCUCACAUCCACUGCUCUGUGAAGUCAGAGCACUCUGUUGCAGCAAAGACUGGAGGCUGCUUUCCAGGAACAGCGAGGGUCACGUUAGAGUCGGGCGAGAAAACUCAAGUCUCGGCACUGCGCCCCGGAAUGCGAGUCCUGGCCAUGGACAGUUACGGGCGCCCCACCUACACUGACUUUGUGACCUUUUUAGACCGGGAUCCUAGAGCGGAGAAUUUGUUCCGGGUGAUCGAAACAACGGAGCCCCCUCGAAGACUUUCCUUAACCGCGACUCAUCUCAUCUUCGCGGCGGACAAUUUCUCCACACCGAUCACUGACUACAAAGCGGUGUUUGCCAGCCACGUAACACCUGGCCAGUAUAUUUUAGUAUCGGGAGCGACUGGUCACCUUGUGCCGGCUAGAGUAACCUCAUUGAGUGUGCGGAGAGAAAAUGGCAUUUACGCCCCUCUCACUCAGCAUGGGACAAUACUGGUGGACGACGUGAUGGUUUCCUGUUUCGCCCUGGUACAAAGACAGAAACUGGCGCAGUUUGCUUUUUGGCCUUUACGGGUACUGUACAGUCUAGGGGUGACGGCAGGCAAUGAGUCAACCCAACCGGCGGGCAUUCACUGGUAUAGCCAGUUUCUUUACCAGUUAGGUCGAAUGAUCCUCAAUGAGAAUGAGUUUUAUCCAAUGAAUCUUCUGCAGCUGGAAAGCUGAGGAACACAGAGGGCCAAUAUUGGAAGGAAUGUAUAAGGGUGGAGUAAUAGAAUGGCUUUGCAUACGACCAACAUAGAGGAUAUAAAAAAAAAUGUCACUCUACCGAUCGCCACAUAGAUUCCACAAAUUCUCUACUAUAUAUGCAUUCUCGCGCCAAUAAAGUCGGCGUGUAUUUAUCUUUACGACUUGGGCCUAGUUGACGAACCCAACGGAGGACCUCAACGACGGCAAGGCAACUCUGCACUUAAACCGGCUUGUGGUGUGUAUCUCGAGUUGUGCAAAAGAACUCAAUCAAACCCAACGGUACCAUAACAGCAUCUACACAGAAAACUGUCCAACCGAACCAGAACUUAAAGAGAACAGGGCUUCAGGUUAUGCCAGAGACAUUCGGGCAUCUGCUCGGCCUUCCGUUAUUUGAUGUCCGAGCAGCUUCUUAGCAGGACGCAGUAGCCGGAUCGAAGAUCAGUUAAUAGCUACCAGACACGCGCGGUCUACUUGUAGUACCUUGAAUGAACCGAGAGGUCUGGUUUUGCUUGUGUUUAAAUUUCCAAGGUACUAACCAAAAGGAGGAACUGUAACCCAAAUGUUUACCCACAGCCGGAUCUUCCGACGGAAAGGAGAUGAAACCAAAGGCCUGACACCUAAA